UUACAUAAACUGUUGUUCAACUGGAGCGGCGACUCACAGUCAAGAUUUAACAGGAACACACAAACGACAAACUACACAGGGUUCAAGAAGACCGUGACACAGUUCGUCUGCGUCCUCGGUGUUUAUAUUAUAGCAGAAUUGAAACUGCACUAAAUUAAGUAAGCACUGUGCAAUGAGUUCCUGCAGAAUCUCCAGAAAAAGAUAUGGCACUGUGAGAAAAAGACACAGUAGAAAGAAUGACGUGGAUCAACGCAUUUCACAGAUGAUUGACAAAGGCAACACUCCUCUUCCCCUCCUUGUGUCUGAAUGUGAACCGUCAAAGGGAGGGAACCUUCAAAAGACCUCUUCUGUCAACCAGACUCCUCUCACCUCAUUGCUUUCAGGGGAGUUUUCGAAGCCGGCAGUAAUUGGACACUCUGACAGUCCUGCAGCAAUAAAAGAGAUUCUCAUGUCGGUGCUGGAAACUUCAGGUGGACUGAAAUACCAGCCUGUGCCCAAGAAUGCUGCUGCAGCCAGAGACUGGUCAGAUAGUAGUGAUGAGGAACUUACGGGGGGAGGGGGGAACUCCGCUGAUGGCUAUGAUGGAUACUACAGAAACAGCAACGCUACUUGUCAAAUGGACAAUGAGACAACAGGACAGCUGGAUUCUGUCCAUUUAGACGGAGGUUUUGACCUCUUAUCUCUACCUAGAAGUAGCCCUGUCAUUUCCCGGGAAAUGAUUUCCUCACCUGUAGAGAGGUCCUCCUCCAAUGUGCUGCUUUCAUCUUCACCUGAAACAUCUACCACCCCAGAAACGCACCAAGCAGAGUCACAGGAUGAGCGGAGAAGCCCUUCCCCUCCACCCCCUAAACCGAGGAGCAACUCCCUGACAGACAACUUCAACAGGGUGUUUUCUACUGGCCUCUACUUUCCUUUCAGAGGCUCUGCGUUUAUGGAAGGAGUUUGGGGAAACUCUGAAGAGGGAUCCAACUUGGAUGUCUGCAUAUAUUCUGUGAGAAGUGAGCAAAACGUUGAAGAGCUGGUCAGUCCAGUGGAUUACUCUGUCGGGCCUUUGAGUGCUAGCACUGAAAUUGACAAGGAGAAUGCACACUUCAUCAUUGCAGAUAUGAUCGUGGCAGCUUUGGAGAACAUGAAGUGUACUGUUCUGAGCAGGAGAGCUAACAUGUCGGGGAAAGCAAGCGCUGCCUCUGGAGUCUCGGAAGAGGUUUCCGAUGGCUGUCACUCAGUCACCAAGAAACACUCUGAGUCCACUGCGUCCUCAGAUAGUGGCUAUGAAGGUUACCCAGGGCACCAGUCCAUCACAAAACAUUCUCCUGACCUGACUGCCUCAAACCCACACCUUGAAAAGGAGGAAGAAGUAUCUGAAUGCAAAUUAGAUGAAAACAAGCCAAGCACAGAAGACACUGAAACUACAAGUUCCUCAUCACCUCCCAUGAGGCCCUGCUGUGCUGAAGCCUUGGCUCAGCAGCUGGUCAGGAUGUUCCGGAAGCAAUGGCUACACUUGGAGUGUGAACAGCAGCAACAGUCUGGCAGUUUGCCCCCCUCGCUGCAGGAACUUCUCCCGGGCAGAGCUGAUUGGAUGGGUGAGUCCAGUCUGGACCUAGCUGAAGAGAUUAAGCUGAAGUCCAGAAUGCGAGGCACUUGGAUUUGGGCUCCACCUCGCUUUCAGAUCAUCUUUAUUAUACACCCAGUGUCAAAGCGGGACUCUGUUGUAGCUUCUCAGCAUUACCUCUGUGCGGGUUGUGGAACCCAAGUGGAGCCAAGGUAUAUUAAGAAGCUGCGAUACUGUGAGUACUUGGGGAAGUACUUUUGCGACUGUUGCCAUAGCAAUUUUGAGUCUGUCAUCCCAGGACGAAUCCUCAUGAAAUGGGACUUCAGUAAAUAUCCAGUGUGUAACUUCUCCAAACAGCUGCUGGAUUAUAUAUGGCACAACCCGUUGUUCAACGUUUCCUGCAUCAGCAAGUCAUUAUACACAAAAGUAAAAGAGCUGGACAAAUUCAGGGAACUUCAGGAACAGUUAAUUAUUAUAAAGAAGCUGUUGAAGUCAUGCAGAGCCUCAGUAAGUCUCCUGCAGGAGUUUGAACAGCUACCAGAGCACUUGACUCAGGAGCAGCACCUCUUCUCAAUGGAUGACUUCAUGAAAAUCAAGCGUGGCGUUCUAGUCCCUCAGGCCAAGGGGCUUCUGAAAACUGCUUUGUCUCACAUUGAAAACUGUGAGUUGUGCCAGGCCAAGGGUUUUAUCUGUGAGAUCUGCAGGAACAAUGACGUGCUGUUCCCCUUCCAGACAGACAUCUGUAAGAGAUGUGCAGUAUGCAAAGCCUGUUUUCAUAAAGACUGCUUCCGAUUUGAACAGUGCCCCAAAUGCACCCGGAUUGAAACUCGGGAAAACCGGAUUUCCCAACUGGUUGUGUAGAAAGGAUUGCAAUAUGUAAUGUAUACUAUAUAUUAAAUAAAACAGUUACUGAAAAGAGAAAAUAAUGUUUAUUCAGAAAAAACAACAACUUUAUAUUAGUCUUUUAACCCAUUCAAUGCCAAGCAUCUGUACAUCUAACUGGUCACCAAAGUGUUUUAUUUUUUUUACUACAGUACAAAUGUAUAUGUGUGUCAUGCAGAACAUAAAUGAAUAAAUAAAUAGAAACUUAGUUGCGUUUUGUGUUUCUAUUGAAUGUAUUUGUGAUGUUGUAGGUGGGGUGUGUUUGCUGUUCUUCUUCUACAGUGCAACUUAUAAACUGA